UGCCCCAUCCUUGGUGUCAGUGGGGGGAGGAAUAGUGCCCCAUCCUUGGUGUCAGUGGGGGGAGGAAUAGUGCCCCAUCCUUGGUGUCAGUGGGGGGAGGAAUUGUGCCCCAUCCUUGGUGUCAGUGGGGGGAGGAAUUGUGCCCCAUCGUUGGUGUCAGUGGGGGGAGGAAUCGUGCCCCAUCCUUGGUGUCAGUGGGGGAGGAAUAGUGCCCCA